UCUUUUGUUACAUAAAAAAAAGCACAUGUUGUAAUUCUAAUUGUAAGACAGCAGUUCAAGACACCGCAACUUGAUCCUCAAUAUGUGUCCCUUUCUCUUUCUUUUUCAUUCCAGCUGCGCCUAACUAAACAAGCAUUUAUAUAUAUCGGCUACUCUUAUUCAUCUUUAUACCUUCUCAACAUUUUCACAUCUUCAUUUCGUCUCUCUCUCUCUCUUUCAAUAUUCUCUUUUGAAAAGAUGAAGAGGAAUUGCAACUUGGAACUCUGCCUUUAUCCUCCAUACACGUUUGAAGAAGAAAAAGAUAGUGAUAAGAGUUCAAUGCAAAAUGAGCAACAGCCACUGACCAUUUUCUAUGAUGGCAAGAUGUGUGUUAUAAUGUCAACUAUUUCGAGUAAGAAAAGCAUAUAUUCUUUGACAAACAAUAAUAAUAACUGGGUUAAUGUGAAUGUUGUGCAGGCCAAAUCAGUCUUAACGAUGGCAAAUAAAAAAGUGGAAGAAAUAGUGAAGACACCAACAGGAUCAGAGCCAUCAACACCAACAACAGUAGAAUCUCCUCAUCAAUUGUAUAGCCCUGGUCAUGCUCUUUCAAUGAAAAUGUCUUUGCAACGGUUUCUACAAAAGAGAAAAAAUAGGAUCCAACAAGCUUCUCCAUAUAAUCAUUAGCAAAAUCAAAUUAGUUUGUCCUUUUUUUACUAUAGGCUAUUUAGAAUCAAUUAUUUUCUUCUUUUGUAUUACAGUCUUGUAGGGUUUCAUACAUUUUCAUUUUUUCUGUUAUUAUUCAUUCAAAACUAGAAAAUUUGAAGAGCAUUCUCAA